UUCCUCUCUGUAUUCUUUUUUUCACUUCACCCUAAAACCCUCCGUUCGAGCCAUCUCGCCACCACCUCCGAGACUGAACCCACCAUGUCAGCGAAAUGGCGAGCACUACAACACCGUCACCGUUACACAUACAACGCCGUCGUUUUCCCAAACUCGUACACCGAUUCUUUACUCACAUCUCUCCAAACCAACCCAUCGUCAAAAUUCUACGCAGAACUGAACCAUCUCGUUUCUCUCAAUUCCAUUUACUCCCAAAUCAACCACGCCAAGAAACUCGCUUCUUCCUUCAACGACUUCUUGUCAAACGCAAACUCUGAACAGCACGAGGAUUCAAUCCGCGAAGCCUCGCGUUUUUACUUGGAGCUCUUGUUCUUGGAAAACUCUCAGCCUCUGCACAAAACCCUCGUCUCCUCUCUCUCCAAAUCCCAACACCACCACUCCCUCAUCCGCGCGUCCUUCCACGCGCUCUUCCUCGGGUACGCCGAUCACCACGAAAAGCGUCAGAAGAAAAACCGUUUCUUCUGCGCGUCGCGCGUGGCGCUGUCGGUUUUGGGACUGCCGAAGCUAGGCUAUUUGGCUGACGUGAUCGAAGAAUGCGCGUUGGUCGUGGCUUACGACGUCGUUUCGAGCUUGAACAGCGUCGUUUCGGAGACGAAAGACUGGGCUCGGCCUUCGCCUAUUGUGAUGGAACAAUGCCAAGAAGCUCUCUCCUGCUUGUACUACCUUUUCCAACGGUUUCCGUCACAGUUGACGGACUCGAACAUUGUAGAAGCUUCUCUGACGGUUAUCUUGAGUGUUCUCAACUCCAUUGCCUUUUCUCGGGACUGUUUCGUCGCCGCCGGGGUCUGCUUUUUCGCUGCCCUUCAGGUCUGCUUAAACCCUCAACAACUCGCCCUAUUCAUCAUUCGAGGUAUAUUCAAUCGCAUUACAGUUAAUUCGGUUAUUUCAGUUAAUGAGCUUAGGAAUGUGAUUGAUAAGGUUCCUUAUAAGGGUGAUUUAUGUGAUAAGAUAGCAAAUUUCGCGGUUUUGAGUAGACUUUGUUUGAUUAGAGGUGUGCUCACUGCUGUUUCGAGGGAUGUGCUUAAUACCCGGUUUGAUGUAGAGAGAGAGAGUGAUGAUGGUGGUGGUGGUAGUAAUUGUGUUAUGACUAUAUUGUAUGAUGGGAUUUUGCCUGAGCUUUGUGAGUAUUGUGAGAACCCGAGUGAUAGUCAUUUUAAUUUUCACGCAUUGACUGUGCUGCAGAUUUGUUUGCAACAGAUAAAGACGUCGGUUUUAGCUAAUAUUAGUAACCCGUCGGGGGAUUAUGAGUUGAUUACGGAGGAAAUGGGGGCCCGGAUAAUGAGAAUUGUAUGGAAUAAUUUAGAGGAUCCUUUGAGUCAAACGGUGAGGCAAGUUCAUCUUGUGUUUGAUCUUUUCCUAGACAUUCAAUCUUCACUUUGUUGGUCGGAAGGUGGGGAGAGAAUAAAAUCGUUUUUGGAAAAGAUUACUUCGUAUCUUCUUUGCUUGGGGCCGCGUUGUAAGGGUAGAUAUGUUCCUUUAGCUUCUCUGACAAGGAGGCUGGGGGCGAAGACUAUGUUGGAGAAGAGUCCUGACUUGCUGUAUGAGACGAUACAGGCGUAUGUUGAUGAUGAUGUUUGCUGUGCUGUAACGACGUUUUUGAAGUGUUUCCUUGAGUACUUGCGUGAUGAGUGUUGGAGCAGUGAGGGUAUUGCAAAUGGUUAUGCCGUUUAUAGAGGGAAUUGCUUGCCCCCGCUUUUGUAUGGGCUUGGUUCUGGACUUUCAAAGCUUCGUUCGAAUUUGAACACUUAUGCUCUGCCUGUUAUACUUGAGGUGGAUGUGGAUAGUAUAUUUACUAUGCUUGCUUUUAUCUCCAUUGGGCCAAAUGGGGCUGAAAAUGGACUGUUAUAUCAUGAGACUGGUCUUUCAAACAUGGAACUAAAGGUUGAACAGCAAGUGGCCAUUUUAGUGUCAUUGUUCAAGGUCUCUCGUUUACUUGCUUUGAUUGAGGGGGACAUUGAUUGGUGCAAGAAAAAUGGGGUACAGGAUAAAGAGGGUGGGCUUGGAUCAGAUCGCUUUUCGUGUAAUGCUCUUGUCUGCAUAAAGGGGAUUGAGGUGGAAGUCCCUGUUGAGUGGCUUGUACUGGCACUGACCCAUGUCGAUGAGUCACUUCGUGUAGAUGCUGCUGAGUCGCUUUUCUUAAACCCCAAGACAUCUAGUUUGCCUUCCCAUUUAGAACUUACUCUGAUGAAGGAGGCAGUGCCAUUAAACAUGAGGUGUUGCUCUACUGCUUUUCAGAUGAAGUGGAGCAGCUUAUUCAGAAAGUUCUUUUCUCGGGUGCGGACAGCCUUGGAGAGACAAUUCAAGCAGGGCAGCUGGCAACCACUUGUCUAUCACGGUAACACUGAAGUGCAUUUUUUAAAUGGAAGUGAGGAAACUACAGUUAACAGAGCGGAUGAUCUUUUUCAUUUUAUGAGGUGGUUUAGUUCUUUUCUAUUUUUCUCAUGUUAUCCUUCUGCUCCUUACAAGAGAAAAAUAAUGGCCAUGGAUCUCAUUCUGAUAAUGCUUAAUAUUUGGUCUAUUGUGCCUUCUUACCAAGAAGACUGUAGAUCUCUUACUCCUGAAAGCUGUCUCUAUCCUUACAAUAAAGGAAUUACAUUACCUGAUUCAACUUUGUUGUUAGUUGGGUCGAUAGUAGAUAGUUGGGACAGGCUGAGAGAGAAUUCUUUUCGUAUAUUGCUACAUUUUCCUACCCCACUUCCUGGAAUUUCAAGUGAAGACAUGGUCCAGAAAGUAAUUGCUUGGGCUAAGAAAUUAGUUUGCAGUCCACGUGUGAGAGAAAGUGAUGCGGGAUCUCUGACUUUACGGUUUAUUUUUAGGAAGUAUGUUUUGGAGCUGGGGUGGUUUGUCAAUGCAUCAAUUAAUCUUGUCUGUUUUCGUUCACAGCCUGAACUAGUAAAUGGAGAUGACCAGACUGGCAAAACUAGGCAUCCUGUUAUAGAAUAUAUGAAAUCACUUAUAGACUGGUUAAAUGUUACUGUGGAGGAGGGAGAGAGGGACCUGCCUGAAGCAUGCAAGAACAGCUUUGUUCAUGGUGUAUUACUUGCUCUGCGGUAUACUUUUGAGGAAUUGGAUUGGAAUUCUGAUGUAGUCUUGGCUAGCUUCUUAGAGAUGAGACAUUUAUUGGAGAAACUCUUGGAGCUCAUUAUGAGAAUAACUUCUUUGGCACUUUGGGUGGUUUCUGCAGAUGCUUGGUAUCUUCCAGAAGACAUGGAUGAGAUGGUUGAUGAUGAUAAUUUCCUGUUUGAGGUUUCGGAUGAUGUGGAUGUGCAGGCACAUUCUUCAGACCAUGAAGAUAAAGGUUCAAAAGUUGUCCAGGAUGCCAGACCAUCAGACCAGAUAGUUAUGGUUGGUUGCUGGCUCGCUAUGAAAGAGGUGAGUCUUCUUUUGGGAACCAUCAUAAGAAAGAUACCUUUACCAAGUUGUGGUGCUUCGGAUACAUUAGAGUUUGGGGUCCUCCGCUCUGACGCCGACUCUUCGCUGAUGACAGAAUCUGAUGCAAUGCUUGAUGUGAAACAACUUGAAAAAAUUGGGAGCCACUUCUUAGAAGUCCUUCUGAAGAUGAAGCAUAAUGGUGCAAUUGAUAAGACGAGGGCUGGAUUUACAGCACUUUGCAAUCGUUUACUUUGUUCAAAUGAUCCAACACUCUGUAAGUUGACAGAAUCUUGGAUGGAGCAACUUAUGGAAAGAACUGUAGCCAAGGGACAAAUUGUGGAUGAUUUAUUAAGGAGAAGUGCAGGCAUUCCAGCUGCAUUUAUUGCUCUAUUUCUCUCAGAGCCAGAAGGUGCACCAAAGAAGCUUCUACCACGAGCACUGCGAUGGCUAAUUGAUGUAGCUAAUGGGUCUUUGCUGAAUCUGAAUGAAACCAAUGGAACAAAUGGUGACUCAUGUAUAAUUUUGUCAACAAAACGAAACCAAGAAACCAAGUCUGCAAUGCAACCUGAGAUAAUUGAGAGCAAAACGACCUCGAAAAUCCGACAUGAGGGUCUAGUUCCUACAGUACAUGCAUUCAAUGUCCUUAGAGCUGCUUUCAAUGACACUAAUCUGGCUACUGAUACUUCAGGGUUCUCUGCUGAGGCUCUAAUUAUUUCUAUUCGCUCCUUCUCUUCGCCAUACUGGGAGGUACGGAACAGUGCUUGUCUGGCAUACACUGCUUUAGUUCGCCGCAUGAUUGGAUUUCUUAAUAUUCAAAAACGAGAAUCAGCACGACGUGCAUUAAGUGGGCUUGAAUUUUUUCAUAGGUACCCCUCAUUACAUACAUUUGUAUUCAAUGAACUGAAAGUUGCAACUGAGAUGCUUGGUGAUGUGUCAUCUGGGCAUUCAGAAUCUGACCUGGCAAAUGUUGUGCACCCAAGUUUGUGCCCUUUACUGAUACUUUUGUCCAGGCUCAAGCCUUCAACAAUUGCAAGUGAGACUGGAGAUGAGCUUGACCCUUUCCUGUUCAUGCCAUUCAUCAGGAAGUGUUCAACCCAAAGCAAUCUACGAGUCAGAGUUCUGGCAUCUAGAGCUUUAACUGGUCUUGUUUCUAAUGAAAAGUUGCCAAUUGUCCUUCACAAUAUAGCCUCUGAGUUGCCUUUUGUAGAAAACCAACUCACAGAAUCAUCUGUUUCAUCCAUUUCAUUGCGCAUGGCCCUCGGUUCUCACCAUGCUUCCUUUAAUUCAAUACAUGGAAUACUAUUGCAGUUAAUUUCUCUUCUAGAUAUGAAUUGUAGAAAUCUUUCUGAUUUCUCAAAGAAAGAUCAGAUUCUUGGUGACUUUAUCCAAGUUCUUGUGACUCGUUCAUGGAUUGGGAGCCCCAGAUGGUGCCCUUGCCCCAUUCUCAACACCUCUUUCUUGAGGGUUUUGGAUCACAUGCUGAGUAUUGCAAGAACAUUCAGUAUGAGCAAAAACUUUUAUGCCAUUAGGAACCUACUAUUGGAGUCAUCGACAGAAUGCUUAGAUGUUGAAGCUUCUUAUGGGUUGUCAUAUUAUGAUCCCACUAUAGCAGAACUUCGUGAGCAAGCAGCUAUGUCCUAUUUUAGUUGUGUGUUUCAAGCAUCAAAGGAAGUUUCUGAAGAGUUCCAGAUGCCGCAGAGAUGUCCAACGCUUGAUUCAAAAUUGUUGAAGAUAACUGAAAUGGAGAAUCCUUUUGCUGGACUCCAGGAAAGGCUGAUCCGCUCCUUGUCAGACACAUCAUAUGAAGUUCGAGUUACAACAUUGAAGUGGCUACUUAAAUUCGUGAAAGCAAUAGAAUCUGGUAGUGAGGUCCAUGAUCUGUCAAGCGGUGAGAUUAGGAUCAUUAAGAAUUGGACCAAAUCCUCUCUCCAUGAAACAAUGAUAAAACUCUUAGACUCGGAAAAGAAUAAUAGAUGCACAUAUUACAUUCUGAGGAUUCUUUUUGCUUGGAACUUGCUUCAGUUUCAGAAACAUGGUGAUGAUAAAUGCACUAAAACAUUUUAUAUAGGUGGGAUGGAUUGUGAUUCUUUGUUUCAGUUUUGGGAUAAGUUAAUUUCCUUGUACAAACUCACAAGACAUUCAAAGACUCGGGAAACACUCAUCUGUUGCAUGGGAGUAUGUGUAAAGCAAUUUGCUGGUUUAUUUAUGAGCAUUGUGGGAUUGAGAAUAUCCGUUGAACAUUGCCAAUCUGAGAAAUUGGAAAGAUCAGCUCGCUUGUAUGAUUGCAUCAUUUUUUUCACAACCCUAAUCAAACAACAUAGUGCCUCUUCUGAGCCAGUAAGCAUGCGGAAGGCUGCAGCAGAAUCUGUGAUAGCAUCCGGAUUGUUGGAACAAGCUGUGGUUAUUGAUUCUUCUGUACUAAAUAAUCAAAUCCCAUGUAAGGAUUCAUACUCUCAUUUUGAACCAAAUGAGGCUGUCAAUAUGUAUGCUCAUCAAAUACUGGAUAUAUGGUUCACUUGUAUCCAGCUGCUAGAGGAUGAGGAUGAUGGGAUCAGGCAGAGGCUUGCCUUGGAUGUUCAGAAAUGUUUUACUUUGGAGAGAUGUGGAAGAUGCUCUCAUGCUGGGAAGGUUCCAAACCAAGUGGAGAAAGUAAUAGCAUUGUGUUUUGACCAUCUGUCUUCUAUCUUUGGUCACUGGAUUGAGUACUUUGAUUAUCUUUCGCAGUGGGUACUAAAUGCAGCUAGUUAUGCUAUACCCAAAGGAGAUCUUGUGAGACGGGUCUUUGACAAGGAAAUUGAUAAUCAUCAUGAAGAGAAGCUUUUGCUCAGUCAAAUUUGCUGUUCCCAUUUGGAGAAUCUACCAGUUUCAAAAUCUUGGGCAGUAAAUUUCUCAGACAAAGACAGCAUGAGAAGUUAUUUACACAACUGCAGACAUAGGUUUUGCCAUCAGUUGAUCUCAUUUGCCAAGGACCAUGUGGAGAAACAGGGAGGCGCUGAUUGGAUAGGAGGUGUUGGCAACCACAAGGAUGCUUUUCUACCUCUGUAUGCAAAUUUGCUUGGCUUUUAUGCCCUCUCAAACAUCAUUCUCAAUGAAAAAGCUGGGGAUGGUAGACAUCUAUUAUCUGAUGUUGUUGAACUUGGUAGAACUAUUACUCUGUUCCUUAGGAACCCUUUGAUUUUUAACCUGUAUUUGUUAGUUGUUAAAUUACAUGAGAAAAAUGUUAGUAGUAUUCCUGACCACUUGAUCCCUGAAUUCAGAGACGGCUGUAUCUGGGAUGGUUUUGAACCUUAUUUUCUUCUUAGGUAAGAUCUUUGUAGAUGCAAGAUUCAUAUUCUAGUCAAUUAUAGGGGCCUUUGGAGUUUUUGAGAAAUGUAGCUAUGGAAAUUUUGAGGGAAGUCAUAAUGUAUUGUAAAUUUUAGCUGUGCCAUACAAUUUGUCUGUACAACACU